AUGAAAGAUACCGGAAAAGAACAGAAUCAUCCCAGCUUUGAGGACACAUCUGCGUCGGAGGAAUCCUUCAAAAAUCCUAAAGUGAAUAAAGGAGAAAAAGGAAUGGCUCGAGCAGAAAAGGUGAGGGCCAUCCGCAAAGCAUGUGCAACGCGCGAUGUGGAAGCCUUGGCUGCGCACGCAACUUCAGAAGGCGGGCUACUUGAAGACGACUUGAGACAGAUAGCUUGGCCUAUUUUGCUACGAUGCGAUGAACAAAGGCAACAAUUUGAUACGGUUUCAAGUCCUGAACUUUUACGCCAUGUCGACGAGGAACAGGUAGAACUCGACGUCAACCGGUCUUUUGUCUACUACCCAAAAGCCCCCGAGGAGGAAAUGUUGAGAAAGAAACAGCAGCUCUCCAACCUAAUAACUCAAGUACUAAGGGAAUAUCCCAUGCUUUGUUAUUUCCAGGGAUACCACGAUAUAGUCCAAGUCCUUCUCUUGGUACUGGGCGAGAAACAAGCUGUGCCAGCAGUGGCACAGAUAUCUCUUUUCCGCAUACGUGACUACAUGCUACCAUCGCUCUCCCCGGCUGUGAAACAUCUCCAUCUCAUCCCUUCAAUCAUCGAGACAACAGACCCCGAGCUAAGACGACACCUUGGCAACAUUGAACCAUUCUUCGCUCUCGCCGCUACACUAACACUGUAUGCCCAUGAUAUUCAAGAGUACAGCGACAUUUCCCGACUUUUCGACUUUCUUUUAGCUCGGGAACCCGUGGUUGCAAUCUACCUCUUCGCAGCAAUGAUCCUGUCUAGGAAAAAAGAGUUGCUGGAAAUUCCAGCGGAUGAGCCCGAGAUGCUUCAUUUUACGCUCUCCAAGCUACCACACCCACUUGACCUGGACGGACACAUUCUGCGUGCAGCACGGCUCUUUGAAGAUCACCCACCGGAAUCUUUACCGCUUGGAGCCUGGAAACAUAUUCCCUGGUGCAGCGUGCUCAAAACUUCACGAGACCCACAUGGCAAGUACACUGCAGCAGACGCGGUGUACUUGUUUGAAAAGCAAUCCCAACAGAUUCGAAGCGAAGAGCGCAGGAAACGAGCCCUGGAUUUCUUGUGGAGUCACCGUCGCUCAGUGGGAUCUGUGGCGUUGGCUAUUUUGGUUGGAGCUGCAUCUUUCUACAUCCGCAAAAGGGGACUUGACGCCUCGAUUUGGUCUUAUGUUGGCCGAAUUCAAAGGGCAAUCCAAACCUGGGUUUAA